AAAGCAUACUUGUUUCCUGUUGAUUUUCUUGGUCAGUCAGACCUUAUUGCACUUGGAACCUCUUAAAGCCUUGUCAUUGUAUGUGCGGCUAUGUUGGAAGGUGUGAGGCUUCUAACUGCAGCACUUGGUGCAUGCAGUCGUGCUGGGAGACUUGACGAAGUGCACUACUUCUUGAUGUUCAUGCGAAGGAGAGGAUAUUGGCCAAGCGAGCGGACGUUCAACAUGGCACUCUUGGGAUUUUGCAGGAAAGGGAAGUGGUUGCUUGCAACAGCGUUGCUCCGAGAGAUGAGGAACUCUUUUCGGGACCCUGACAUCAUUUCCUACACCACGUGCAUUUCAGCCAUGAAGCAGGCAAGUGCAUGGGAGCCAUCAAUGGUGAUGCUUCUGCAAUUGGCUGCAAAUGGGCUGCAAACCAAUGAGAUUGCUCUGAGCGCUGCCAUGAAGGCUUGUGAGAAGGGCUUGGAGUGGAAGCUCCCGCUGCAUUGCUUGACAAAUAGCGAGCAGUUUGGUGUCAAGCUGGAUAUCGUUGCAUGCAGCUGCGCGGUUGGUGCUUUACAUGAGGGAAUGCGAUGGAAAGCUAGCUGCGACUUGCUGGAGGACACAAAGCAGCAGAACUUCCACUUGGACAUCAUUGCACAUAAUGUAGCUGCUUCAUCUUUGGAGAAGGUAAGUCGCUGGGAGAGAGCGCUGUCCUAUGUGAAUUUGGCUACCUUACAGAGGCUCAAUGCCAACCAGGCAUCGUUUGGAAUCGUUCUUGGAGCUUGUGCCAAUGGCGGAAAUUUGGUGGUCGCUGCAUCGGCCCUUCGGCAAAUGCAGCGACAGUCUUUGAGGAUCGCACCGCAAUUCUACGCUCUCACAAUGGAGGCUUGCAGAGAAGUUAAAUCAACAGCCAGAUCCGUGACAUUGUUGCUUGCUCAGAUUCGUUCUGACCUUCCAGAUUGGCUGCGAGUUCGACGAGCUGUCCCAAGUCAGGCUUCUCUUGGUAUCCGAGAAGCUUCCCUGGCUGUGGAGAUGUUGGACCAGCAUGAUUGUCUGGAUCAUCAGAUCUAUCAGGCGUUCAAUCGCCGUGGCUCCAGGCCCAUAAGCGCAUCUCUGUCCAGCCUGACUGAAACGCUUCCUGAUGUAUUUGCAGAGCCAUUGCGAGAAGUUGGCAGCCUGGGCAUGACUUUCACCGAAGACUUUCUCCACAGCCUUGAGGCUUGUGCUCAAGGAAAGUCUUGGUGUUCACUGCCAAGACAUGUUUCUCGAAGACUUCUCGCGUCUUCCGCAGGAUCUGCAACGCUUCUUGGGCUGCGUUCUACGAGCGAGACGGUGUCGGCUUGGUCGUCGCAUUGCCUUGCUCGUGUCCAAAGCUUACGCAGGUGCCGAGGAUCUGUCGUUGGUGCCAGGGAUGCGGAUGAGAAUUCCGUUCAGGACAAAGAGAUUGCCUUUCUACGACCAAUUUUCUUCGAACAUGAGAGGGUGGAGCAUGCGGAACGUCAAGCUCUUUUGCGACUCUUGCAACUUGCAUUCUUUGCGAUGAAAAGUCUAAAUGAACCAAAACUGUAUAUUCUUGGCAGCAAGCCAAUACAUUGUUACAUAUUGUUACUACGAUUGAUGAUUACUAGUAAUCAGGAUAAUCAUAGUUACUAA